AGCGGCGCGCCGCCUCUGCCGCGCGGCAGCGUUCCGUGACGCGGCGCCGCGCGGCGCCUGCCGCUUACCGGAAAAGGAAGGACGCCCCGACGACUUUCUGAUGAAAUCUCGCCGGAGCGGCAGCCGGACAGCAGCAGCACCCCGACGGCUCUGACCACCGAGGACGGACACCGACUAGUGUUACCGAGCGGAGGCCAGCACCAGACAGCGGGCAGGCAGCGCAUCGGAGCCGGUUCUGAGGUCCGUUUGAAGCCGCGGGAACCAACCGUCAGUUAGCUGCUAAUGCUAGCUAGCUAGCAGCUGCCGCUCCUGUCAGAACCGGGACAGAAUGGGUCCAUUCCGCCUCUCAGACCGGGACCAGGCCUCGCUUCACGGAUCCAACAUGUCCUGCCUGGCUCUGUGCCUCAGUUCUCGCUCCACGCGGAGAAAGUCCCAGAACCGUUCUGAGCCCGACGCCGGUUUCCCGGAGCAUAUCUGCUGGUCCCCGCGCAGCGUCGGCGGUCUGUGAGCCGGACAGCUGUCAGAACCGCUCCUCGGUGAACUGGACUCUAACCCGACAACAUGUUCCGGAGCUUCAGCAGUGACGCCAGAUUCUCUGACGGCCGGAGCUCUGCUCCGUCCUCCCCGCUCGGAGUGGCCUCGGUCGGGCUGGACAGCCAGGAAAGCUCGUGGCUCGGCCUGCUGUCCAGGCCCGCGGUGUCGCUGCUGCGGAAGGUGCGCCUGUGGAGCGCGGCGCCCGCGGAGGCCGGCCUCGGCUUCCUCGGCGAGGAGAGGGAGCUUUUACGGCAGCUACACGAACUCAUGCCGCCGGCAGCGUCGCUGCUCCCCUCCCCGCGGGGUCAGCAGGACGGACCGGGCGUCCUGGAGCCGGGGCCCCGCGGCGCAGUGCCCUGGCUGCCCGCGGUGUCCUCCGGGGAGACGGAGCUCCAGCCGCCGCAGACGGGCUACGUCUCCUCCUCCUUCCGGGCUCUGAUUAACCAGGUUCUGCUGGGUUCUCAGGAAGUACCGGCCGCUGAGGCCAAGGCCUGGGUGUCAGCGGGCCCCGCGGUGAGGAGCGGCCCCGGGGGCCAGGCUGGGCCCUGGUGGGGCGGCUUCAUCCUGGGGGAAGAUGGCGCAGAGAGGCUUUGUGUGGGCCCCCCAGGGAGGACAAAGCCCCCCGCUGUGUUUGGGUCGGUGCUGCGGGAAAACGCUGGACCCCCCCAGCGGGCCCGCGGUGGACAGCCUCACUGCGUCCAGAACACGGAGGGGCUCCUGGGGGUCCAGCGGGGCCCCGGAGAGGCGGCGCGGCCCCCACCGGAGCAGGAUAACGGGUACUCCAGCCUGGAGGAGGAGCUCUCCCAGCGGGCCCUGCUGUCCCAGCUGGGGGGCCCCGAGGAGCAGCAGGAGCCCCAGGGCCCUCAGAUGGACGGACCAGGAGAAGGACCCGAACCGGAGGAGGUUCUCCCUGCUCCCUGGUGCCGGAACCAAGACAUCGCCUUCAUCAUGGGCUGCCCCUGCAGCGAGGAUGAGGAGGAGGAUGAUGAAGAUGAUGACAGCAGCAGCCAGUCAGACUCCCAGUCUGAAGAUGAAGAUGAGGAUGAUGAUGAAGAUGAUGAUGAUGACGGCUUCAACAGUGAAAGCUCCUCUGAUGAGGAUGAGGAUGAUGAAGAUGAGGAUGAGGAGGCUGAGCGUCUCUGGACCUCCCUGUGCCAAAGUCUGGACCCCUACAACCUCCGUAACUUCAGGGCCCCCCUGCACACCGGCAGGACGGCCCCCGCCUCCCCGCCCGGUGGGGCCCCCAUCCCCCCUGGUGGGGCCUCAGCCCCCCCGCCCUGUGGGGCCCCCCCGCCGGCCUCCCCCCCCUCAGACUCCUGGGACGACUCGGCCAGCGAGGCGGAGGAAGCGGAGAGCCUCCGCCUGCUGAGCUCCCUCAGCUGCUCCUCGGACCCCUACAGCCCCUUCAACUUCACGGCUCCACUCAGGACUUCGGGGCCCGCUGGGCCUCCUGGCGCCAGGACCAGAACCGAGCCGGCGCCCCAGAACCUGCGGCUUAAGCCAGCAGCUCCGCCUGAGUACCGCAGGGAGGAGGCGGAGGAGCGGCUGGACAGCGGCUUCUCCGAGGCUCGCCGCAGCAAGAAGGUGCGUUUCUGUGACGACGUGGAGGAGUUCUUCGCCAGCGGCGGCGAGGAAGAGGAGGAGGACCGGCGCGGCCCGUGGGAGGAGCUGGCCCGGGACCGGUGCCGGUUCCUGCGGCGCUGUCAGGAGGUGGAGCAGAGCAUCGGGUUCUGUCUGCAGCCGCAGCACCGCCAACAGGUGUUCCAGAGACUCGCCGCCCUCUCUCACACCUGACCCCAGCCACAGGCGCACCCGCCGCCGGUUCUGACCCGGUUCUGGUCCGUGACGGCGCUGGGCUCGGACCUUGGGCUGUGAGGAGAAAUGCUGCUUUCACCAAAAUCACUACGCAGCCAAUCAGAGGCUGUUUCACCGCCUGACGGUGGUUCUGAUUCUGCUGGUUCUGCUCGGCCCGGCGGGUCAAACUCAGAUGUUGAAGGACUUUCAGUAUUUUAUGUUAUUAAUAUCUAGAUUAUUGCUAAUUAAAGUUUAUUUUAAGGAUUUAAAGGGACAGAGUAAAAGCUGCAGCGGGUGUUAACGGGUCAGAACCGGCGGUCGGCCCGGUCCCGUUCAGUCCCAUUAAAGCCAAAGAUGAUGGGAGUGUUGCUCCGUGUGAGCAGAACUAUUAACCGGUAUUGUUCUGAUCACAAUCACUGUGGUGUUAAACGGAUCAGCGCCUGAGCUGAGCUCUGCAGAACCUCACAUUGUUCUGCAGGUCGGUGCCGUCAGUUGGCCCGCCUGGAGUAUUUUGGACCUUUAAACGGGUUUCAGGGUUUUAUCCUCCAGAAUAAAUCAGUGGAAGAAAUGAUUGUAGGAACUUAUUUCCAUUUGGACCCGAUUAUAGGAGGUUCUGUGCAGACGGGACAGACGAACGGGUCUGCAUUGAUUUAAACCCACAGCUCAGAGUUCCCACACUGGGGGAGGCCCUGAAGGCAGCAUCACUUCAGACUGAACGGUGAUCCGGCACCAAGCGCUUGGUUCUGUAGCAGAACCUGGACUCUUCAGAACCGGUCUGCUGGUUUUAGUUUCCAUUACAACUGGAAGUGAAGUCCAGUGUCACCUUCAUCCAUCUACCUCAUCAUCCUCACUUUCAGGGAAUGGCUACUAAUGAGGUGGCGCCGUCCAAUCAUCUCGCUGCUGCCUUCAUGGUCUGAGACAGUGUGGGAAUUCUGAGACGUGUCUGAUCCUCAUUAAACACUUUUAAACCAACAAUCUGAAUUUUAAUUCUCCAGAUUUGUGUCACGAUGUUCUGAACCAUGAAUCCAGUUUAAUGAGUUUAAGUUCUGACCCUGAGCUAGAACUCACGCCUGCUCUGAUGGACCCUGAUGGUUCUGACGGCUCUAAUGGACCCUGAUGGCUCUGAUGGACCCUGAUGGUUCUGAUGGUUCUGAUGGCCCGCCUCCGCAGAUAAACUCAGGAUGUUUGAUGCUCGAUCAUCUUUAUUAGAGAGUGAGGCGAGAUCUGGACAGGUAGAUUCACCUGCAGAGGUCUGUGGUGCCUUCAGGGCCCGUCAGGUAAACGUUCGGUUCCACAGGCCUGAGAACAGCAGUGGGUUCUGCCGGAUCGAGUUCAGGGCUGAAGAUAUUCGUCAGAGUGAACAUUUGAUCAGAAUCCUAUUUUAACCAGAAUUUUAUUUUUCUAACGCUCACUCAGCUUCUGCCUCCCAGACUAACGAUGAUCUAAUAAAUCAGUGUUGAUCAAA